GGGCUCGAGGCCAUCGUGGUGGGCAGCGGCAUCGGGGGCCUGGCGGCUGCCGCGCUCCUGGCCAAGGUGGGCAAGCGGGUGCUGGUGCUGGAGCAGCACGGGAAGCUGGGGGGCUGCUGCCACACCUUCAGCGAGAAGGGCUUCGAGUUCGACACCGGUAUCCACUACGUGGGGGAGAUGCAGGAGGGCUCCAUCGCCCGCUUCAUGCUGGACCGGCGGCCGGAGGGGCAGCUGGAGUGGGCUCCGCUGCCGGCCGUCUACGACAUCGUGGUUUUGGGGGAGCCCGGCCGUGGCAGGACGUACCGCAUUUGUUCCGGGAAUAAGGAAUAUUUCCAGGGCUUGAAGGAGCAGUUCCCCGGGGAGGGGGCUGCCAUCGAUGAGUUCGAGAGGCUGGUGAAGGUAGAGGAGGCUUCGGCUUCACCACGGGGGGAUUUUUUGGGCUCUGAUCCCUCUUUGCGGGGCAUGAUGCCCUCCAAGGCCAGCUUCUCCAUGCACAGCAUCCUGGUCAACCACUUCCUCCAAGGUGCCUGGUACCCCAAAGGGGGACCCGCAGAAAUCGCCUUCCACACCAUUCCUGUUAUCCGGAAAGCCGGAGGCAACGUUUUGGGAAGGGCGCUGGUGGAGAAGAUCCUGCUGGACUCACAGGGCAAAGCCUGCGGUGUGAGCGUCAAGAAAGGCCAAGAGGUGGUGAACAUCUUCGCUCCCCUUAUCAUUUCGGAUGCUGGGAUCUUCAACACCUACGAACGGCUCCUGCCGGCGGAGGCCCGGGCAUUGCCUGAGAUCCAGUCUCAGCUCCGCAUGGUGACACACGGCCAAGGGACUUUGACCGUCUUCGUAGGUCUUAAUGGCUCAUGGGAAGAGCUGGGGCUGGAGCCGGCCAACUACUUCAUCUACCCAGGGAAUGACCUGGAGGAAAUAACCAAUCGCUACCUGGCUUCCUCCAGAGAAGAAGCUGCCCAGCACAUCCCCCUCCUGUUUGUCACCUGCCCGUCAGCCAAGGACCCCACCUGGGAAACCAGGCACCCAGGUAAAUCCACGCUGGCCAUCAUGACCUUCGCCAGAUACGAGUGGUUUGAGGAGUGGAAGGACAAGCAGGUCACUAAGCGGGGGGACGAUUACGAGGAGCUGAAGAAGACCUUCGUGGACACCGCCAUGCAGGCUGUCUUCAAGCUCUACCCUCGCAUCAAGGACCGGAUCGAGUACAUCUCUGGAGGGACACCCCUCACCAACCAGCACUACAUCGCCAGCCCCAGGGGGCAGAUCUAUGGCAUUGAGCACAGCCCUGCCAACCUGCAAGCUGAAGCCCUUGCCACCAUGAGGGCGCAGACGGCCAUCCCCAACCUCUACCUGACAGGGCAGGAUUUGUGCCUCGGGGGCUUCAUAGGAGCCCUGCAAGGAGCCUUCAUCUGCGCCAGCGCCGUCCUCAAGCGCAACCUCUACGCCGACGUGGUGUGGCUGAAGAAGCGCGCGCAGGCCACCAGCGCCAAGAAGCAGUGCUGA